GACCAGCCACUAGCAUUUCGAACAACUACAUACCCGUCGACUCCUGAAAAUGCCCACAGGAUUAGCUGAAUUUCGCCUUCCAGGCCAUAUUGCCGAGAGAAAAGCUAGAGAGAGCUUACCAGAAUUAGAUAUGGAUCUUUCGUGCUCAAUUCAUACACAAAACUCAUCGGCAUCGGAGCUACCAUCACCAGUCACACCAACCUUCUCUACACGAGGACACAUGAGGCAUCCGAGUUCAGCUUCGUCAAUUGAAUCCCAAUAUCUCUAUGAGAGUCCGUCUUCACCCACAUUCACAAGUCACAUAGCUGGAAAACGAUCACUGCCCGAUGUCCAAGAAGAACCUCGCUGCGAACGAGAAAAUGACUUCGUGUUUGAAGAUGACGACGAUGACGAUAUCCCGGAUUGCGAUGAACUAUACAAUUGCUUGUGCGACGAUCUGUAUUGCUUGCAUAGCGAUACAUCUAUGGCCCAAAGCUCCGUUCAACUGUCUACGAAUCAUGACCUUGAUUAUGAUCUUUCCGACGGAUUCUUUAGCGAUGGAGAAUUUUCAAUCAAUUCGAGAUACAAGAAGAGGAGAGGAAACGAAUCGCCACUCAAUGGACUCACAUCUCGAUUCGGCACCAAGUUCCCCUCCUUCGCACGCAAGUGGAACUCGAGAAAAGCUACGGGUUCAUCGGCAGCAUCUAUAUCAUCCGACACACAAAGAGAUUAUGCGACUUCGAGGGCGCCGUCUAGUAGAUCCUCAUCAAGAUCAAAUUCCGGCCGCAGACCUAUGGACGACAAUUCUGAUUUCCAAUUACCACUCACUCCAUCUAGAAGCUUUUUUGGGAGUCGUGAUAACAGCUCCACAACAUCCUUCCUCGAUAUCGAAAAGGCGAAAGCAAGCACAUCAGAAUUCGAAGAAGGAUUGGCUGGCACGCCAUUACUUCCACCUCUUAUGACCGAUGUUUUAGCCAAUGCUCAAUUCAAAAUGCAAUCACCUUUACAAUCACCCUCUGUCGCCGACUCGAGCGAUCCAAUGUCUGGUACCAACACGCCAAUUGAUUUCAUAACUACAUACCAAUUACCCGGAAUCCCAUCGCCGCCCCUUAGUACUAAGCCCUCGAUUUCAUCCUUCCAUCGAUCAACAAUCAGAUCGAAUUACAUAAUUCCUUCCUCAGAAAUUCCCACGAUUCUUAUCGCCGAGGAAAACGACGAGUGGGCGAACAAACUCGGCCAUGCUAACUUCGUUAUUCAUCCUGAGCCUUAUGUUCCAGAAACCUUUGAUCUUGAAGCUUGCCGACAACUACGAGCCGACUGGGACCUUGCACGUUGUAACUACACCAAGCAUGUCGUUCGUACAGGCGAACACUAUGGCGUUACUUCAAAAACUUACAAGUUGACUGAGGAAAAAUGGGCCCAAAUAGAUCUCCAGUGGAUGAAAAACAACGAACUCACAAUUGCGACCACAGCUCAGAGCUCCACAGACGCAUUCGCUACUUUGAAACAUAACACACUCGGCAACUCUUCUUCAAGCAACGUUAUGACUAAAAUUCCAUCACUCAACGAUCCACGCAGCGAAGGCAAAUUCCCUCAGCUUGGCGACGAAGACAUCGUUGGGCCAAUGGUUCAAGCUGCCGCACAACUUCGACGAAACCCCAGCAAGAAAGCCAAGCUUCUUCGAUUUCUCACUGACAAGUUUCCCGUGGGAUUAGGGAAACCUUGAAUGCCAUCCACAUCAAGCAUCUUUUAGAAGCUUCUGGCCCUCACGAGCCAUCAAUUUUAUUCCUGUUUUUACUUCUGGCUGGUUGAUGGUUGUACCGUCCCGCCAUAUCUUUUUAACGACUUUACGAACGAAACGAAUUUUUAUUAUACCCAUACACUCCUUGGCAAGCAACUAUGAAAAAUACCAACUUGAGAUCCGAGAUCGUCACUAUCCUUUUUUUAUAUUAGCAUUGCUAUUCAUGUGUAUUGUUUACUUUUCUAUUCGAAAUCAUCCAUACUCAUACUAUGGAUCAUUUCCUCUCAUGCGUCUAUUUCCUUUGUUAUUUGUGUUUUCAUAUGAAGCGACGGAGCUGGAGCGCAAAAAAAUUCACUCGGAUUGGAGCUGGGUCUAGACUGGCUUGGCUAAGGGGGGUGAAUAGGAGCUUGGAUUAUCGGAUCGGAUGGGAUUAGGCAAAAGUCCCCUAAGCGGGCGAAUAAUGGGACAACAAACACCUGUGCGCAGUUCUUGUAAUAUACCGGUAGCAGGUGGAGGGAAAGAUACCAAGAGGGAGGAAUGGGACAGAACAGGUAGUGGAGUGGUGGGAAGAAUAAGGGCGAUCUUGUGGAACCGGGGUAGUGAAAGUGGACAAGCAGUAAUAUUCAACGGGAGGAAUCUUUCGCAUCGCCACGCAAUGGCGGCUAUCCUUGAAGUUAUCUUUUCAACGAAUAUUUCAAUGUGGAAAAGCGCAAAGGAAAAGGAAGCGUCCAGGAGAAUAAUCCACUACUAGCCAGUCAAUGAUGGAUUGAACAAAUGAGGAGGCAAUCAAUACGGAUGGAGGAUUUUUGAAUACUAGUUCUAGAUACCCUAUCGCUGAAAAAAAUGGAAAAAAAAUUCUAUCAAACAAUAUACACUGAUCCUUGACA